UCUUAACUUACUUCAGCAGUGCUCACAUCACCACACUCGUGCCCUCCUCUGGUCAUGAAGAAUGGUCUUCAAAAGGAAAACCUAAUCCUAAGUACCAACAAUACCCGGGCUGGAACUGUCGUGGUGGCAACAUGUCCAGGGUCCUGGCAACAUGUCCAACCUGCUUAUCUUCUGUGUGAUGCUUCGGGAUCCUGGAACACCACGAAACCAGCCUGCAGUUCAGACAGCUCCUGGCUGGGCCUGACUCGUCCAACCACAUCCUCACAGCCGUGUUCACAGGGUGCGGAGCCCUCGUCUUCUUUGUUGUCUGCGUCAUCUGCUGUCGUCUGCUGUGUAACAGAAAGAGUGCAAGAACACAUACUGAGGACAGGUUGCCGAGACAGCAAACGGAGUCGUCAGACGACCACUACGAUGAGCCCAAGGCACUGACAGAAGCCCAUUAUCAGUCCAGUGAUGUGACCAGACUCCAUUAUGCCAAGCCUGAUAUGACAGCUGGCAGGCCGCAGAUUUACAGCACCUUCAUCAACCCCGUCUUCUACGAGGAUGCCUAUACACGGUGGAGGAUGGAUGAGCAAGCUCUACAAGACAGCCCCUAUGACGCUCCAUGGCAGUACAGCCGUCGUCUGUAUGACCAGUCCGACAACCCUGAGAUAAAGUGGAGCACACUCAGUCUGCGAGCCCACGACAACUACGACUACAAGAACUUCAGCCGUAUCCCGAGAGGUCGACUGUCGUCUGACUCGGAGACUGAGUACGCGGACAGCAUCGGCACCGAGACACGUGGCCUGACGACCUUCUGACCCCGGGUUGUCCACAGAAGGGACGAGCUGGGGAAGAAAACGAAAUUGCUGCCGACGCGAUGCACGAAGAGCCACGCAUAACAGGAGUGAUGUGAACUUUAUAGAAUAGGGAGUGUGUAUGAUAUACAACAGGGACUGGUUAUAAUAUAGAAUAGGAAUCAACAUUCAGCUUAGGGUGGCACAGAUUGAUAUUGUAAAUAAUUUAAAGGUUUGUGAACACACUCACACCCUGACAAACACAAAAUCGCCACUAAAAGACUAUUCAUCCGUCAUGACCACCCGCUUUAUGCAUUUCUAUAUGUGUGUGUGUGCGCGAUUCAUGUAGAUAUACAAAUAAUACUUCAUCGAUGAAACCGGCAAUGUGACACUAGGGCUCUCGACCUGUGUAUUAUUCA